CAGGCAGCUGGGCUUAUUUUUACAUGACCGCCGUUGGUGUGUAGUAAUGAGACUUACAAGCAGCCCUAAACCUCUGCUAACCCUCUUCUUCUCCGUCCGCACCAUAGCCACCGAGUCGACCCAACUCACCACCACACCCUCACUCGGCCGAGUCAACCCGGAGCACCUCCUCCGAGUCUGCACUAUUCUCUACCAACAACAAAACUCUCCUGACCCCAAACUCCACUCCUCUCUAAAGGCCUCUAAUUUCCACCUCACCCACGAGUUUUUUCUCCAGGUAUGCAACAAUUUCCCUUUUUCUUGGAAGCCCAUUUACAAAUUCUUCCAUUUUACCCUUGCAAACCCUGAUUUUCAACACACCACACUCACUUUUAAUAAAAUGUUGGGGGUUUUUGGUAAGGCUAAGAAUGUUGAUGCGUUGUGGGACUUGAUUCGAGAGAUGGGUAGGCGGCGUUUGGUUAAUGAUCAGACGUAUCGUAUUGCGUUGAAGGCGUUGGCUUCGUCGCGGGAAUUGAAGAGGUGUGUUGAGUUUUUUCACUUGAUGAAUGGUUAUGGGUAUGGGUAUAGUUUGGUGACUUUGAAUAGAGUGGUGGAGAGUCUUUGCGGGGCUAAGUUGGUUGAGGAAGCUAAGUACAUUGUUGCGAAAUUGAGGGAUUGGAUUGAGCCAGAUGGGGUGACUUAUAAGUGGUUGAUUUUUGGGUUUUGUGAUAAGGGGGAUUUGGUUGAGGCGUCGGUCGUUUGGAAUAUGAUGGUUGAUGAAGGGGGUGUGGUGAAUGUUGAUGCUUUGGAUAAAAUGGUGGAUACCCUUUUUAAGACUAAUCGCUUUGAUGAUGCGAUGAAGCUUUUUCAGUCGAUGAGGAGUAAGGAUAUUGAUGUUUUGGGGGGUUCGAGUUAUGGGAUUGUCAUUAAGUGGAUGUGUAAGAUUGGGAAGCUUGGGGGAGCUCGUUUGAUGUUUCAAGAAUUGCAGCAAAGAGGGAUUGAGGUGGAUAGCGAGACUUUGGGGUCGCUGGUUUAUGGAUUUGUAUGUAAGGCGCGAGUUAGGGAGGCAUAUUUGCUUGCGGAUGGUAUUGAGAAACCAAAUAUAAGUGUGUAUCAUGGGUUCAUCAAGGGGUUUUUGAAGUUAAAAAGGGCGAAAGAUGCAACCAAUGUUUUUAGAGAAAUGAUAAAUAGAGGGUGUGAGCCUACAAUGCAUACAUAUAUUAUGUUAUUACAAGGGCAUUUAGGAAAGAGAGGUCGAAAGGGCUCAGACCCUUUAGUUAACUUUGAUACCAUUUUUGUCGGAGGAAUGGUGAAAGCUGGAAAGUCUUUGGAAGCAACUAAAUAUGUGGAGAGAAUGCUGAAUAGAGGACAAGAAGUACCUCGGUUUGAUUACAAUAAGUUUUUGCACUGCUAUUCGAAUGAAGAAGGUGUGGUUAUGUUUGAGGAAGUGACAAAGAAACUUAGAGAGGUUGGAUCUUUUGACUUGGCAGACAUUUUUGCAAGAUAUGGUGAGAAAAUGGCUACUAGAGAUAGGAGGAGAAACAGAGAAUUGAGAUAUGAGAAGGGUUCAUAUGGUGCUGCUGAAGAACACAGCAGAACAGAAGAACUUGAAGUUGAAAGUAAUGUUAACUUGUAACGUCUUUUCUGGAUGAUCCAAUCAAAAAAAGAUGUAGACUCCAGUUUGAAGCUUGAUCUGGUUGGUGGUAUGCUACUUCAUGGAAAACGGAUAAAAUGGACCAAAACAAGGUAUUAAGACCAACCGGAAAUUGUGCCUUGAUUGCUAGUCUGUGCUAUGAAAGCUGAUUACGGGGAGCUAGUGUAUUACGCCCCUUAAUUUGUGGUUAAGUGGAUGAUUAAGGAUGAAAAUACAAGCCUCCUUUUAUCUCUCUGUGGAAGAGGGCGGGUCGUGUUUUUGCUUGCAAAAGCUGGUAGAACUUAUAGCAAAUAACUCCUGGAUGCAGCUUGGAGAAUUCUUUAGUGUUCGCUGCAUAAAAAGAUGGUAGCUAGUGCAGAAACUUACCUUGUGAAGAUACAUGCUCAUGCUUCUCUGGUGACUCGGCAUCUGCAGAAGGCAUCUGGUGCUCUUCAUGAAUUUGAACCUUGUAUGGAAGCACUGAUAAACAAGCUGCAGAAGAUCUAUUCUUUCCAUUUACAGCCCUCUAUCCAUUGGUGGUGUGCAACUUGGCAACUUUAGAUUCUGUAAGUCUUUACAAUUAGUUUUUGUCCCUUUGCAGCUUUAGAUUUUGUAAGUCUUGACAUUUGUUUUUGUGUUAAAAACCAUCUUAGCCAAAAAUACAAAUCAUGACCAGUUCUAGUGGAACUGUACAAAUUACCAAUUAAGUGGUACACUCUGAUAAAUCACCUAAUCUAUUGGAUAGGUAAUAAAGAGUGGUCGUGAUGAUUUAUUAGUUUAUAUCUUCUUCUUUUUCAUUUGAACAAAAAGCCUUUAUAGAGAUAUAUAGCUUCAACUGCAUUAGUAACGUUAUAUUUUGUCAUUUUUUGUUGCUAUAGGUGUAUAGCAUAUAAUAUGCUUUUUGUUUGAUAUCAAAUUUGUUUUGUCUAUCCUACAGCAUUUUUUUCAUGUCAAGAUUGCUAUCUAAAGAGAAUAUGAAUUAUUAAUAUACAAAAUUAAGAGUACAAUUCAAAGAGGAUAUGGAAUAAAAUCAUAACCUUCACAGGGUCAUCCAAACUCUUUUACAGUUACACUCUCGAAUUGUUAAUAAAUAUGUGCCCUGUAGAGGAAUUUUAGUUCAGUUAGAUAUUGAUAUUUAAAUUUGUUUUCUAAAAAAAGUCUUUUGGGCGAAUGCUGACCAAUGUGUUUGGGAAAACUGCAUUUAGUGCCAACUAGAAAUGUUUUGUAUGCCUAUAACUUGUUAAAGGCCUUUGUAGCGAUAAAUUGGCAAUCUUAGCCAUGCUGCAUUCCUUAGAUCUUAUACUUUUAUUCCAGCUGAAAGUUUAUGUGCUUUGAAAUGCUUGUGCCUCUUAGUGCCGAUACUGCUUGCCGUCCCAUACUCUUUCCAUUUAUGACAGUUGACAAAACGACCCACAUCUAACAUGAAAAAUUGAAAAUUUUCCAGGUCUAUUUUUAGUUGGAGGGUUUGAGCUAGGCAAAUCCUCCGGUUAAGUCUGUUGCUACAAAGUAUUCCAAUUUAUCCCACCAACGAUCAGAGAUAACACACUGUUUAACAUGAAUUAAGAUUAAAGAGUGUGUUAUCUCUGAUCGUUGGUGCCUUGGUGGGCAAAAUUGGAAUAUACUUUGUAGCUUUCACAUCUCCUAUAUAUAACAUGAUUAGGCUUGCUGAUACAGACACUCCCUGCUUGCAUCUUGUUUAUGACAUCUGGGAUCCAUGAUAGAAGAUGUAAGAGAAAUUUUUUAUGGGAAAGAUAAGAAAAUGGUGAAUCUGAAUUUUUGUAAUGACAUUUGAUAUGUUUUGGAAAAUUGGUGGAACAAAAAUAAUAUCCCUCUCCAUUGUGUGGCUCAUUAUCUUGUUCCUAAAUAUUAUAGCGAAGCUUGGUUACAAAGUGGCAGUGAUGUGGUUCCUAGAAUUGCACCUGAUGAAGACCAUGAAGUUAGUCUUAACAGGGCAAAAUGUUUCAAAAAAAUGUUCCCAAAUUCAGAUGAUUUAAGAAGGAUAAAUGCAGAAUACAGGAUGUUUUCAGGGUCUUUAGGUUUUUUUUCUGGAUCUCAUGUGAUUGAGAGUUCAUGAAGAGCUGCUUAGCUGAUGGGCAAACUAUGCUUCAGAAACUCUAAUGUCACGUAGCUGGGCCAUGAAGCUCCUUUUGCAACCAGCAUUCUCAUCUUGCUGUGAAAAUUUGGAAUUCUUUUUCCAACAUUCAGUGUUAAAAGGAAUAAAUUGGCAUCUAGUAGGACUUAGGAUGUCGUUUUUGUGCACAAUAAUCUAAGUUGCUAUCCCACAAGAACUAGCGAAGAGUGCAAGAAAGGUCGGUCCUUCACAAUAUUGGGAUGUUGAUUGAGAUUCAAUUCACAUUGAUGAUGAUUACGUCGAAGCAUUUGCGAAUAUGUUCAUUGAGGACCCUGAUGUUGAAGGAUGAUAUUUAACAAGGAAGGUGAAAGAGCAAGAAGACAGGAAGUUGUGGAGUUUGAUGAAAUUUUGGACUUAUUUUUACUUUCGAGAUGCUUUUUUUUUUUCUUUCUGAAAAGCUUGUUAUGUUGAAUUUGGUUUGCUGUCUUGAUGGAUUUGAGCUUGAUUUGAUGAAAUCUGAGUAAUCCUUUUAAUUUGUUAAAUCUUUUUGUAUCAUAUUCAUGUAAGUGUGAUUGACAACAGUUAACACUUAACACACCUG